GGCCAUUUUAGACUAAUUUUAGCCUCCCCAGCCGGCGCCCCUCUCUCUGCCCUCGGAGCCCCAAGGAUCAUCGAGGCGGAGGCGGCGGAGAGGGGCUUGCUUUGCUUUGUUUCCCCCUCGUUUCUCGGGCCGGGAGGGGGCUGUUGCCUUGUGCGCCUUGAGACUUCUGCCCUGGACAGGAGAGAGAGAAGGAAAGAAAGAAGGAGAGGGCGGCUGUGCUUGGAAGGGAAGGAGGCUCCAUCCGCACUGCAGCCAUGGGAGAGGCUUUGGCAGCGCUGCUUUGUGGUUAACGGCCCUGGCUCCACGCGGGGAAACGGGGAGGGGGACGGGGUCCCAUGGCCUGGGCCACUGGCGUUAAAGCGGAGUCGGACCGGGUUGUUUCUGCAGUGCGGAUGGAGACAUAGGUUUAGGAAAGACCGUGGCAGGCCUCCCCCAGGAAAGAAGGCACCAAGUCGCAGGGCUUCUCCUCCUCCUCCUCCUUCCCCCUCUCCUUGCUCUCCUUCUCUGCCUUGUGCUCCAGUCUCCUUUGGUCCCCCUUUCUGUGGAAGACUAGGGCGGGGUGGCGGAUGUCCCAAGGCUGGGAGCCUUUCUCUUUGUAUGGGAAGGAUGGCUGCUUUUUUAAAAAGGACCAAAAUAGUCUAAGCCUCAGCUUCUGGAGUAACAGUGAAUGAUGAAGUUAUCAAAGUUUUUAAUGACAUGAAAGUACGAAAAUCAUCAACGCCAGAAGAGAUUAAAAAAAGAAAGAAAGCAGUUCUCUUCUGUUUAAGUGAUGACAAAAAACAAAUAAUUGUAGAAGAAUCGAAGCAAAUACUAGUUGGUGACAUUGGUGACACAGUGGAGGACCCUUACACAUCCUUUGUGAAGCUGUUACCGCUCAAUGAUUGCCGAUAUGCUUUGUAUGAUGCAACAUAUGAAACAAAGGAAUCAAAAAAAGAAGACCUGGUAUUUCUAUUCUGGGCUCCUGAAAGUGCCCCUUUAAAAAGCAAGAUGAUCUACGCAAGCUCUAAAGAUGCCAUUAAAAAGAAAUUUACAGGUAUUAAACACGAGUGGCAAGUAAAUGGUUUGGAUGAUAUUAAAGAUCGUUCAACACUGGGAGAGAAACUAGGAGGCAACGUGGUAGUUUCACUUGAAGGAAAACCCUUAUAAAAAGGACAGACAAGUGCCAUCUGGAGCUUCCAUUUCUGCAGCUCAUUCAAUUGGAAUAGCAUUAGUUUCUUUUGGCCCACGUUCCCAGAUCAAAAACACCUGAAGGAAAUAUAACUUAAUUAACAGUCUGCAAAUGAUCACUGGACUGUUUUUAAACUUGAUAGUUUUAUGUAGAUUCCAAGGAAUGCCUUCCAUCAUAUUUUUAGCCAAAACUGAUGUUGAAGGCAUUCCUUGAAAAUGUGUACAAUGAAUGUGAUAGUUGAUGUGGAUAGUCUAGCCAAGCAACAAGACAUUUAAGCUAACUGAUUGCCUUUAAAGUAUUGUCCAUUGGUCAGAUGGUAAGACUCUUUUCAGUAUUAUUUAACAGUUGCACUUGAUUGCAGUUCCAUGAGGCUCUUGUGCAUUCAUACACCUCACCUGCCUUGACAAGCCUUUUUAUUUUUGUGACAUGACAGCACACAACACUAUGCAUUUAAAGCACUUUUUUGUAAUAUGUUUGAUUUCUCCCUUCACCCCCCAGGAAUGCCAAUUAAUUUCUGUAAUUGUGUCAUCAAACUGUUGUAGUACUUCAGUCUCCAUUCCUAUUACAUGCAUAUCUUUAUAAAGGAAGUAGCUGUAAUGAUGCCUUUUUGUUUUUUGCAUUGAAUGUACACUACUGAACAGAAGUAGAAACUAUCUGUUUACCAUGCAACUCCUGCAACACUAAAGAUGUUUGUAAAACAUCAGUCAUAAUGGCAGUUUCUGUAUAAAAAGAGCCUUAAAUGGAACGCUGUUUUUGAGAUCAAAUACGUUGGCCACGUUGCAAUAAAACUUGUGGCUUAUUACA